AUGCAGAAACUGGGAUCUCUUUUCUUCUGCUCCUUCCUUCUGCUGGGCCGAUCUUCAUGUCAACCGAACGAUCCUCCUAAUCAAAGUGGUCAACUUUGCCUCACAACUCUCCAUCCUGUGAUCGAUUUAAUAUCCGAAACCAAUUCCAAACUCCUGUCACUGCAGUCAAAAUUGGAUGUCCAGGGGACAUAUUUAACGAAAGAGGACUUCGAGACGAGGUUAAAUGUGACAGAAGAACAUAUUGCGGCUACAAGCACCCACGCUAAGCUCACAGAGCUCCAGGAAUCUUUAAAUAAGACACAAGAUGACUUCCAGGUGAGACUGAUUCGGGCGGAAAAACAAAUGCAGAGCUUUCAGGAUAUGGUGCUCGCAGUCCUCUCCAGAAUCGAGUCAAAGUUCAUACCGCCGAAUUUCGAGAAAAUCGGUGACAGGUACUUUUACAUCGAAAAAAGUUUAACAGCCACUUGGAUAACCGCUGCAGCCAGCUGCCGUAGUAUGAAUGGAUUCCUGGCGUCGUUCGGAAGCGAAGAGGAAUUCAAUGCCGUCAGGAAACAACUGUCCCAUAGUAAUUCCUACUGGCUGGGCAUCAACGAUCGGAAAAAAGAGAGGGAAUUCAUAUCUGCAGCAUCCGGAAAACCGCCCAAAUUUGUUAAGUGGAAUCUUACAGAGUUCAACGAUCAAAACGACGAUGAUUGUGUGUCCCUUUAUAGAGGCGAAAUGUUUGAAAAUUCCUGUAGCGCGCAAUUUCGCUGGAUUUGCCAGGCAGACACCGAAGUAUAG